AUGCAUCGGGUGCCGGUUCAUCUGCGGAUCACCCUGCAUGCAUGGUCCAGUGACUCACCGGUCGCGGGCCACUCAGACGACGUGCAGCCUCCUGUGCUGCGCCGAUUGGGUCAACAGGUGGGCAAUCGGGCCAACGCAGUGGACCCUGACUCGGAGGUUUUCGCUGAGGUGAUCCAUCUUGACUUCUUUUCGGGCAUGGGCAGCGCCUCCUUGGCUCUGCAGCGGCUAGGGAAGCCCAUUCGCUGCACUUUCCAGUGGGAGAUCGAUGAGAAGGCGAUCCACAUUUCCAAGCGGGCCACGAGGAAACUGGUCGUAUCGCAGCGUGGAAAUCUGCGACAGGACACCCCGGGGGAAGCGGCUGCUGCGAUAAGCUCGGUUCGGGGCCGGGAUGGUGCUUCAGGGGACUUGUUCGUCCACUUUACCAAGUUUUUGGCGGAGCUCCUGGCGUUGUUUCCAGGUAGGAAGGCUUGCCUUCUGGCCGAAAAUGUGGUGAUGAAGAAUUUGGGAGAUGUGCAGUUCUUUUCCAGAGCUCUUCAUGCGGAACCGGUGGCCGCAGAUGCCAGUGACUUUCGGGUUGUAUCCCGGCCACGACUUUGGUGGUCCUGGAUACAGUGGCCAGACGUGACCGUCUGGCCGGGAUCAUCUGCCCCACUGCAAUGGGCACAACUGCCCAACAAGUUGCCCCAGCUACGCCUUCAGGUCACCCCCGACAACAUCGAGGACCUACAGCCGGAAGGUUUGCACUUUCAUGCCGAUGUCAGGGCGGGAAAACACCUGCUGCCAUGCUUGACGACUCCAGCUUUGACGGAGGCCGGGCGUGAGGCCCCGAAGCAGUCCAGGCAGCGUGUGGACAGUGCCGCACGUGGUCGGUGGCUUCAAGCCAGACGGCAAUAUGCUCCGUGGUUCUAUGAUGAACGGAACAUGCUCACGGACGAGCGUGGGCGUUUCCAUGAGCUCCCUAUUGAACUCAAGGAAGCUUUGCAUCACUUUGACUCAGGAUUCUCUGACAGCCCCUCUUUGACGGAGAAGGAUCGCGCUCGAUUGUUAGGCAACAGCUGGCAUGUCGAUGUCGCGAAACACAUGUUGGAUUUUGCCCUCCGACAUGGAGUGAUCACUCUGCCGGGCCCUUUUGGCCAUAGCAGCAAGAGUGCUGAUGGGGUGCGCGACUUGCGCUCGGCGCAGAAGGCUGCCGUAGCCGCACCUCUGCCCAUGAGUCGGGCAUCAGAAAUGACCGAACAUGUGCACAUGAUUCCUGUUUCUUCCAUGUGGGAACAUUGGGAAGCGUCUCUUCAUGCAGUGCACCCCAGCCUUCUCCAUCCCCAUUUGGAUCAGGGCCUGGAGAUCACAGUUCAACGACUGGUGUCAUUGGGUCCUGCGAGGGUCAAUCAAAUUCGUUCCCAGGUGAUUGCCGAUAUUCUUCAGUUGCGCGAUCAGAUGAGUGUCAUCACAAGUGAGUGGUACGAGGGUUUGGCCCCCCACAUCAAACAGGCUUACACGCUGCCAGACGGUUACAUCGUUCAGAUACCUCUGUUUAUCGAGCUGCUCCGAGGUUCGGGCUACCCCGACAGCGACGCAUUGCAGGAGGCCCUGACUCUUGGAUUCCCGGUUACAGGUCAGCUCUCAAGAAGCCCUGGUUGGCGUCCAAGGUUGGACGACAAGUAUGCCCAUCCCAUUUCAGUGGAGGCCUUUGUCACCUUGAAUCAUGAUUAUGUGAUUCGUAAAUUACAACAUGGCCGCGUGGACCCUGAGUGGGAGACCAUGCUCGCUGAGAUCAUCUCUGAGGUGCAACUUGGCAGGAUGUCGGGACCAUUCGAGGCGCCAUCAAGCUGGCCUAGGGCGUGCGUGCCGGUCCAUUCCCAUGCUGGCAUGCAACGAUGUAGCCCCCUGCCAUAUGCAGACAUUCGAGUGGCAGGAGCUUUUUCAGUCACUCAAGUUGGGAGUGACGGCGCCAAGAAGGUGCGCCGAUGCGAAGACUACCGUCGUAGCUUUCAUAAUGCGACAAUUGGUGCAGGCGACAUUCCUGCCCAUGACACCAUUCACACUUACGUUGCAGUGCUGCAGAGGCUCGCUCAAGCGGGUUUUGACACUCGGGUUUGGUGUCAGGAUUUGUGGGCGGCCUAUCGCCAGUUUCCAGUUGCAAGACCGGCCGACUCUUUUACGUUAUUGGCGACCCCGAGUGGGCCAACCCUAUGGGCUCACGCAGUCCUGCCCUUCGGGGCUGCUUCAUCAGUCUGGUGUUUCAAUAGAUGCGUCGAUGCAUUGGGGUUCCUGGCUCGCACUUUGUUGUUUCUAUUGAUCAUUCAUUUCGUGGAUGAUAUCGGAGGGCCUGACACAGCGGAGGGUGCCACCCCCGGCUUUGCAGCGUUUUCUGAGUUAUGUGAGAUACUCGGAAUGCGGCUGAAGCCGAGUAAGGCUCAGCCACCAGAUAUUCGGCACAAACUUUUGGGAGUGAUCUUGGAGAUUCUUCAACAUGGCAUCCGUUUGUCACCUGCGCCAGACCGACUUAGUAAGGUCAUUGCUACCAUUCAGAGGGCACUCGAUAGUGAUACUCUGGAGCCCGAGGUCGCGCAAAGACUCGCUGGGAAACUCAAUUUUCUUCAGACCACCUUGUUUGGCCAGGUGGGCUCCGCUGCAUUGCGCCCAUUGUACUCAAGAGGCCACGAUGUCCAGAGUGAGGCUUCGACAGGGCUCAACACUGCACUUCGGUCUUCAUUGAUUUUCCUGAAAAAGAUGCUUCAGGACUCACGACCGCGAUGGUUCCCGUUUGACGGGACUACCCAGAGGACCGCCGAUUGA